AUGAAGGGAGAUAAAAAUGUUGACAUCCAAGCUCUUAAGGACAUCGCCAACAAACUUAGGAUAGACAGCAUUGUCGCUACAAAUGCAUCAAAAUCCGGUCAUCCCACAUCAUGCGCAUCAAUGGCCGAGAUCAUGUCGGUGCUCUUCUUCCACACCAUGCGCUACAAGGUGUCUGCACCAAAAGACCCAUCUGCAGACAGAUUUAUACUGUCAAAGGGUCACGCAGCACCAAUCCUAUACGCAGCAUGGGCUGAAGCCGGCCUCUUCCCCGUGGAGGACCUGAAGAACCUCCGCAAGAUCGACUCUGACCUGGAAGGCCACCCCACGCCCAGACUGAACUUCAUCGACGUGGGCACGGGCUCGCUGGGGCAGGGGCUGGCCGUGGCCGCCGGCAUGGCCUACGUGGGGAAGUACUUUGACCAGGCACCUUACAGAGUGUUCUGCCUGAUCGGCGACGGGGAGUCCGCGGAGGGCAGCGUGUGGGAGGCGCUGCACUUCGCCAGCCACUACAAGCUGGACAACCUCGUGGUCAUCUUCGACGUCAACCGCCUCGGCCAGUCCGAGCCCACGUCUCUGCAGCAUCAGAUGGAAGUGUACGAGGCCCGGCUGAAGGCGUUCGGCUUCCACACGCUGGUGGUGGACGGCCACGACGUGGGCGAGCUGGCCAAGGCGCUGGACGAGGCGGAAGCCACGAAGGGUUGCCCCACCGCGCUCGUCGCCAAGACCUACAAGGGCAGGGGCUUCCCCGGCAUCGAGGACAAGGAGAACUGGCACGGCAAGGCGCUGGGCGCGGAGGGCGACAAGAUCAUCAAGCUCCUCCAGUCCCAGAUAAAGAGCGACAAGAUCACGCUGAAGCCCCGGCCGCCGCUGGCGGAGGCGCCGCGCGUGCACGUCGCCGACGUCACGCUGUCGGCGGCGCCCGCCUACAGGCGCGGCGAGCUGGUCGCCACGCGCCUCGCCUACGGGAACGGCCUGCGCAAGAUUGCUGACACCAACAUGAGAGUGAUCGCGUUGGACGGAGACACUAAAAACUCCACCUUCAGUGACAAGCUGCGUAACGCUUACCCAGACAGGUUCGUGGAGUGCUUCAUAGCGGAGCAGACGCUGGUGGGCGUGGCGACGGGCGCCGCGUGCCGCGACCGCGCCGUCGUCUUCGCCUCCACCUUCGCCGCAUUCUUCACGCGCACUUUCGACCAGAUCCGCAUGGGCGCCAUCAGCCAGAGCAACAUGAACCUGGUGGGGUCGCACUGCGGCGUCAGCAUCGGCGAGGACGGACCCUCGCAGAUGGGGCUCGAGGACUUGGCGCUGUUCCGUGCCGUGCCCUCCUGCACCGUGUUCUACCCCAGCGACGCGCCCGCCACAGAACGAGCAGUGGAACUGGCCGCCAAUACUAAGGGCAUCUGCUAUAUACGCACCUCCAGACCCGCUACAGCUAUACUGUAUGAUGCUGAUACUGUGUUCAAGGUCGGUGAAGCCAAGAUAGUGCGUCAGAGCGCGUCGGACCGCGUGCUGCUGGUGGGCGCCGGCGUCACGCUGCACGAGGCGCUCGCCGCCGCCGACACGCUGCAGCAGGAGGGCAUCAACGCGCGCGUGCUGGACCCGUUCACGAUCAAGCCGCUGGACGAGGCCGCCGUGCGCGCGCACGCCGCCGCCGCCGGCCGCGUCGUCGUCGUGGAGGAUCACUACCAAGCCGGUGGGUUGGGAGAAGCGGUGCUGUCUGCGCUAGCGGAAACACGCGACGUGUUGGUGCGGCACCUGUGCGUGCGCGAGCUGCCGCGCUCCGGCACGCCUGACGAGCUGCUGCACAAGUACGGCAUCUCCGCUCCGCACAUCGUGCGUGCCGCUAAAGAGCUGCUGCAGCUG